AUGCCUCGUCCCAAAGUCCUCCCUAGCCAACGGCGUCGUGCCGCUGAAGCCUGCAACUUUUGCCGAGACGCCAAGAAGAAGUGCAGCGGCACGGCUCCUUGUUCUUAUUGUCUUCGUCGCGGUGUUGGAUCUCAGUGCAUUAUUGCCUUGCGACCACGAGGUUCAAGAAACCAGGCUGUAUCCGAUGGCCCGAGACUACCGUGUGACACGCAGCCUCACAGGGUCGGGCUCGAAGCGCAGAGUGGCAUGUUGGAUCUCGAGACGGGCGGCCCUAGAUGCACUCCAUCCGCUCAACUUCCAAUCUUGAAUGUCGACGGCAAGGGCAGAAGGAAGGGGCCAGAUACAUCAUCUUUCCGACCCUUAUCACCAUCGGAUUCACGACCUAGCCUCGAGGGCCCAGAGAGUCCGGAGCGUCGACGACACGGUGCUUCGGACGCCUCCUCGGUAUCUGGCAAUCCACAUUCCAGAAUGCUCUUCAAUUUGCGCGGAGAGCGAGUAUACAUCGGAGGUGCUGCUUCCUUGUCAUUUUUGCAGCUUGUUCGGUCCAUUGUCGCGGACCAGAUUGGGCCCUCUCAAUUCUCGCACAAUGAGAAGAGUGACACCAUGCUUGAGAAAGAGUCGCCAAGUUCCAUGCGGAAUCUUCCACCGUCCACCCUUCCAGAGUUGGAUGUUGAGACCAAACUUCUCUACUCUCAAUGUUACCGCGCUGUGACCGAGGGAUUCAUUGACAUAUUUGCGCCCACUGAAAUUGAGGAAUAUUUCAUGCUCGCUGACGACUCGUCAUUCAGCCCGCAAAAGCGAGCGGCCUUGGGCAUGGUUAUUUCUAUUGGCGCUCAGUGCAAAUCCGCCGCCAGUGCUCGUGACAUCGGACAAGGCUACUUCAGACAGGCUCAGUCUCAAGCGUUCCAGGGCCUGCUGGAAGACCCAGAUAUUGACGUUGUGAGGUCGUUUUUGCUUAUGGCGUUUUACCUCCUAGGUGAAUGCCGCCGGAAUGCUGCGUUUAUGUAUCUGGGAAUUGCUACCCGAGCCGCGGUGGCUCUGGGCUUGCAUAGCCAAGAAUCGUACCAAGACUUGAAUGACCUGGAGGAUAACAAACGCAUUCGAAUUUGGCUCAGCCUGCGCAUUGUUGACAUGCUUGUCAACGCAAUCUUGGGCCGGCCCGCAGCUACCGCAGGAUUAAGUUCCGAUAUCAAUACUAUACUCGAUCAUGCCUCUGAAACGGAGCAGACGGAUGAAAUGGCCCGCCUCAUUGCCUCGCACCAGAUUGUGUCGAUUAUUAAUGGUAUAGUUGACAUAUUGUACGAGCGAAAGGAAAUAUCCACGUCUGUCGUUGAAAAUCUCCUCAACGAAAUUGAAUCCUGGUCACGAAGUCUACCUAGCUGCCUCCGAUCACCUGCAAAGGGCGGCGCAUUGUCUGGCUCAAAUUAUACCAAAGGAGCCAUCGGAAGCGUCCAUGUCUCGUGUUUAUACUACUUUGCCGUUACUCUCGUUACACGGCCAAUCCUCAUAUCGACCCUGACAGCACCUCCCGCAAGCGGGGGGCUUGUCCAGUCCCAAUUAGCUUCCGCAUGUCUGGAUGCCGCUGUUUAUCUGAUCCAGACUUGUAUGGAUGCUAGGAAAGUGGAUAUUUUGUACGGGAAUAUGUGUAUCAUGAAAGCCUUGGUAUUCGCUGCAGGAUUAGUGUUGGGAUUCGAAAUUUUCGCAAAGCGUUCUAUUGAAUUCGACAUUGACGCUGCGUUUGCUGGCGCAAGGGACAUACUUAACUUUCUGGCUACGCAGAGUCCACAAGCGGGGCAUUACUACGAGAUAUUGACUUUACUGUCCAACGCCAUCUCUAAACAAAGGCAGAAUGUCGCUUCAACAGGACGCAGCAGAUACGUGUCCAAAAUAUUCACUCUGCAAGAAGCGAAGGAGCCGGUCUCGGACAGCCCUCGAGAUGACCAAGGACGACUUACACCUUUAGCCGGCGGCCUCAUUCCCCCAUUCGCAGAAAAUGCAGGGAACUGGCUCAGUGACAACAGGACGCCUGCUGAUCCAGGACAAGAAGUGUUUCUGGGUUGGGAUAGUCUGGACAUAUCACAGUGGGAUAACUUUCCGUUUGUUCCUUGA